AUGCUGAACUCAGUUUCUCGCGCAUUUACACAAAAUCCAGAUCUCUUAGUCAUUGGUGGUGGCCCAGGUGGUUAUGCCGCUGCUAUUCGUGCUGCCAAACUUGGAUUAAAGACAGUCUGCGUUGAAAAAGAAAAACUCAUGGGCGGAACAUGCUUACGUGAAGGCUGCAUCCCAUCAAAGUUCUUCUUAAACAUGUCUCACAAGGUAUACGAAGCCAACCAUGAGUUCAAGAACUUCGGAAUUAAGCUUCCAGGCGAAGCUGCAGUUGAUAUGGCCAUUGCUCAGCGCAGAAAGAACGGAAUUCUCGCAGGACUUUCUGCUGGUAUCGAAGGCCUCAUCGAUCGUGCAGGCGGCGAGCUCGUUCAUGGUACAGCUACAAUCAAUUCAAAGAAUGAUGUUUCUGUCAAACUCGAAGACGGCAAGACAGUUAUCUUCAAUCCAAAGAAUCUCCUCUUAGCUACAGGUACCGAUAAAUGGUUCCCCAAGACAUUCCCUGUCGAUGAGCAAAUCAUUGCUACAUCACAAGGCGUUCUUAACUGGAAGGAAAUACCAAAGACACUUACAGUUGUCGGUGGUGGUAUCAUCGGCCUCGAACUUGGUAGUGUUUUCCACUCAUUAGGAUCUAAAGUUACAAUUGUCGACAUGGCACCAACAAUUGGUGGCCCAUCAGUCGAUCCAAUGAUUGGUCGUUACGUACAGAACAUUCUCAAGCGCCGCGGAAUGGACUUUAUCCUUGGAAAAGGUGUAGAUUCCUGCACAAAGACAGAAAACGGCGUAGAAGUCGUUGUUGGAGACAAGAAAUUACAAUCCGAGCGCGCAUUGAUCGCUAUUGGCCGCCGUCUCCAUCUCGAUGGCUUUGGUCUUGAAAGAUUAAAUCUCAAACGCCAAAAGAACGGACUUAUCGAAGUCAACAACAGACUCGAGACAUCAGAAAAGAACGUUUACGCUAUCGGAGACAUUGUUCCGGGACCACAACUCGCGCAUAAGGCCGAAGAAGAAGGAAUUGCAUGCGUUGAAAUGCUCGCAGGACACGAAUCAUCAUACGAUCCGAACGUUAUACCAGCUGUUAUCUACACCAGCCCUGAAAUUGCCACAGUUGGCCUCACACAGAACAAAGCGGCCAAACAAGGCAUCAAAACAAAGGUUGGGAUGUUCCCUUACUCCGCAAACUCCAGAGCAAGAGCCAUCUUGGAUCCAACAGGAUUCGUCAAGUUCGUCUGCGGAGAAGACGGAAGAGUCCUCGGAAUGCAGAUUGUUGGUCCAAACGCUGGAGAAGCAAUUAUGGAAGGUGCAAUCGCUAUCAAGAACAAACUGAAGAUUGACGCAAUCGCAGAGACAUGCCACCCACAUCCAACACUCUCUGAAGCUGUAAUGGAAGCUGCUAAAGCCGUCCUUUCAAAGGCAAUCCACAUUUAA